AUGCUUGGGAAUCGCAGCCUGACGGAGGAGCAGACCCUCAUCCGUCGCCACUUCAUCGACUUCUUUGAGUCGGAGCGGUACGAGGAAAAGUACCACGAACGCGUGCAUGCGAUGAUGUCCGCCGCGAAGUCGAGGCUGCUGCUUGACAUGGGCGACCUGCUUGACUUUGCCCCUGUGUCCGCCGGCUUUGACGGCAGCGGCGCGGCGGCGGGGGCGGCGCCUGUCUCGCUUGGCGUCGGCCUUAUCCGUGAACCCGGAAAGUUUGUGCCGCUGCUUGAGCUUGCCCUCCACGACGUCGUACUGCGGCAGCAGCCUGAGUACCUGAAGGUGGACUACCGCUCCCGUGCGGUGCACGUUGGGUUUGAGGGUCCCGUGGGAACCGUGCUCUCGCCGCGGGAGUUGUACGCCAGACACCUGAACACCAUGGUCGCACUCGAGGGCAUCAUCACGCGACAGUCCUCCAACCGUCCACGCGUGCUGGAGUCGGUGCACUACUGCCCCGAGACGAACAAGUUUACCCGCAAGGAAUUUCGUGAUCAGUUCACACCCAUGCUUGACAGCACUCACCUCCCGACGGUGAAUGUCAUGCCAAAGACUGACAUGGAGGGCCACGCACUCCGUACAGAGCUGGGGCUGUCAACCUUUAUGGACUCGCAGUGCGCCAUUCUUCAAGAGGCCCCUGAACGUGCGCCGACAGGUCAACUGCCCCGCACCGUUGAACUUCGCUUUGACGAUGACCUGGUGGAUGCUGUAAAACCCGGCGAUCGUGUGAUGCUGGUGGGGGUCUACAUGGCCUACACCACGGCUGACAGUAAAAGUUUUCAAUCUAUUGUGUUGGUAAAUCAUGUGGUGUCUGUGCAGGCCUUUACGAUGUACCGUCGCGUUAUGGCCGUGGAGGAGAAGCUGAUGGCCUUUGCGCAGAAGUGCACUCAGAGCGAUGGACCUGCGGGGGUGCUGGAGGCGCUAAGCAAGGCUGUCGCACCCACCAUCUACGGGAUGACGAACGAGAAAAAGGCGGUUCUGCUGCUUAUGGUGGGUGGCGUCGAGCGGCAGGCGCAUCAAUCGCACGUGCGCGGCGACAUCAAUGUGCUGCUCGUGGGUGAGCCCUCCACGGCGAAGUCGCAGCUGCUUCGCUUCGUCCUCGGCGUCGCACCGUUGGCGCUGAACACAACCGGAAAAGGUUCUUCCGGGGUAGGAUUGACGGCCGCCGUGUCCGUGGACUCCUACACGGGCGAGCGUUCUCUCUCGGCGGGGGCGAUGGUGCUGGCGGACCGCGGUAUUCUCUGCAUUGACGAGUUUGAUAAAAUGAGUCCGCAGGACCGCGUUGCGAUGCAUGAGGCAAUGGAGCAGCAGACGGUCACCAUUGCAAAGGCAGGCAUUCACGCCUCCCUCAAUGCCCGUUGUAGCGUACUGGCGGCGGCAAAUCCUAUCUACGGCUUUUACAGUGUGCAUCACCGUCUUGCAUUUAAUGUGGGGUUGCCCGAGUCGCUGCUCUCGCGUUUCGACCUCACCUUUAUUGUGCUCGACAAGCACUCCUCGGAGCACAAUCGUCGUAUUGGGAGGCACAUCCUCCGUAAUCACAUGACCGCCGCACCUGUGGGCAUCGAUCAGAGUGUCACCAAGACGGUGGUGGAUAGCGUAGAUUCCGUCUGGGCGCAGUCCGCAAAGAACGGAGGGAGCGGCAGCGGCGGAAUGGACCUCCGCAUGACGACAACGAGUACGGGGGAACCCAUCGUUGGCGUUGACUUCCUGCGCGCCUACGUGCAGCUUGCGAAGGAGGGGCGACCGUUGCUGACGGAGGCCGCGCAGCAGCUCGUCAGCCAGCACUACGUGCAGCUGCGCGCGGAGCAGCAGGAGGGGUCCAAGGACGGCUUCUACGUGACGGCGCGUACGUUAGAGGCGAUUGUGCGCCUGUCGACGGCGCACGCGAAGCUGCGGCUCUCCGAGACCGUAGGUGAGGAGGACGUCAAAACCGCCAUGGAGCUUUUGCGCGCCUCUGUUCAUGCCGCAUCCAUGGCGUCCAUGCAGCGUAGCGAGGACAAUGAGGAGGCGGCCGGGGAAGGCCGUCCUGGUCGGAAGCGCCCCGCGGCUGUGCUCCAGGACGGCGAGCAUGACGCUGACAGUGCGGGCAGUGGGCGAGCGCCACAUGACGCGAACGGUGGAGCAUCGUCGUCUGCGGCGGCGGAGGGCGCGGUGAGGGAGCAACUCAUUGAAAAGCGAAUUUUAGAGGUUCUCCGCGCCAUGCAGCGUGAGCAGCGUCCGUCGGUGCGACUGACGGAACUGCGUGAAAGGGUGGGCGACGACACCUCUUUGGAUCGUCUGCAGCAGAUCGUCUCCCGGCUGCAGAGCGACAGCUUUGUAUUCGAAGGCGCCGGCAGUGAGGGGUGGAUUCAGUUCAUAUAA